GCGGAAAAAGAUUCUUAUACUUAUCAGCUUUUACCAUCCACAAGAGAGUCCACUCAGGAGAGAGACCCUAUGCCUGCGCUGAGUGUGGAAAGCAAUUUAUGGAUUCGUCAACUUUUCGUAAUCACCAGAGAAUCCACUCAGAAAAGAGACCCCAUCGCUGUAGCCAGUGUGGGAAAGGCUUCAAACUUACAUCAAAUCUUACUCGGCACCAGAAAAUCCACAGUGAAGAGAGACCCUUCUUGUGCCAUGAGUGUGGAAAAAAAUUUUGCCUACGAGAACAUCUGAUCAGACAUCAGAGGAUCCACACUGGGGAGCAGCCCCAUUGCUGUGCUGAGUGUGGGAAAAAAUUCAGUCUCCUUCAAAGUCUCAGGAGACACCAGGAAACCCAUAUUACGGGGAGACUCCAUCGCUGUGUUGAGUGUGGGAAAGUAUUCCGUCAUCCAGACAGUCUCUCUAAACAUCAGAGAGUGCACACUGGGAAACUCCAUCGCUGCACUGACUGUGGAAAAGGCUUUGUCUAUAUGCAUCAUCUCACUCGCCACCAGAGAAUCCACACUGGAGAGAAACCCUAUUGCUGCACUGAGUGUGGGAAAAGUUUCACCCAACUGUCAGGCCUUACCAACCACCUGAGAAUCCAUUCAGGAGAGCGACCCUAUCCCUGCACGCAGUGUGGGAAGUGCUUUGCUCACUCAUCAUCUCUCACUGAACAUCUGAAAAUCCAUUCAGGAGAGCGACCAUAUUCCUGCAUUCAGUGUGGGAAGCACUUUGCUCGCUCAUCAUCUCUUACUCAGCAUCAGAGAACUCACUCAGGAGAACGACCAUAUUCCUGCACUCAGUGUGGGAAGCGUUUUGCUCGCUCAUCAUAUCUUACUAAACACCAGAGCAGCCACUCAGAUUAGAGACUCUUGACCCUUGUGUUUGAUGGAGGGAACCUCUUCAAUUUCUUACUUCACCCGUUCCCAAAGUCUGUAAAAGUGGGAGAACUUGCUCCCACUCUGAAAUGUUCCCACCUCUUCAGUAAGCAGACAGAAAUUUAGGUGCUGGGUUUGUUAAAAUUAUUUUGUGUAGUUUUGGAGAUGGAAGCAUUUAACCCUAGAGGUACCGAAACAUUCCAUUGUGGGCAUUAUGGGCUGCAGCUAAGAGAGAGAUGACUGGAGCCAAGACUGCACUUUAGAGGUCCUGGUUUAUCCUAGGCUGUUUGCUCACUGCAGCUCCCAUCCUCUCACACUCCACAAAUCAAAUUAAUUGUUUCAUUUCUUCUGGGAUUUUUGGGUUUGGAAAAAUUGGCAAAGAUUCUGGCAGAGACUGAAAAGGAGCUUUUGUCUCUUUAGUUAAUGAAAGGCUGUGACACCUCCUCUGUGCCCCUCAUAGUACUGAAUCAAAAGGAAGGGUGUUUUUAUUUGGCUUUGAGAGAAAAUUAUGAAUCAAGCUGUCUUAGUAGUUGGCUUCAUGCACAAUGCAGCCAGGGCUCUGUCUUCAUACCUAAUUGCCAGACAAGCAAUACCAGCUAGGACCUGAGGUUUGGAGAGUGGAGUUUCCAGGUCACUCAAUGAUGAUACAGCUAAAGUCAAGAUACCCCUUUUCUGAAAUAGCCUGUCAGACAAUGUAUCAGAGACAACAUUUCUAAGGAACAGUGCCAACAGGUGGUGUGGGACUGUACUUUGGUUUGAUGCUGCAUUUCUUGGUGGAUAGAUAAGUCAGAUUUCCAUCCCCUGCUCUCUCCGAAUCAGCUCUCAUGUCCUUCUCGGAAUAACCAUAUUAAGUGAAUCAUAGAAUCAUAGAAUAUCAGGGUUGGAAGGGACCUCAGGAGGUCAUCCAGUCCAACCCCCUGCUCAAAGCAGGACCAAUCCCCAAUUAAAUCAUCCCAGCCAGGGCUUUGUCAAGCCUGACCUUAAAAACUUCUAAGGAAGGAGAUUCUACCACCUCCCUAGGUAACGCAUUCCAGUGUUUCACCACCCUCCUAGUGAAAAAAGUUUUUCCUAAUAUCCAACCUAAACCCUCCCCACUGCAACUUGAGACCAUUACUCCUUGUCCUGUCCUCUUCUACCACUGAGAAUAGUUUACAACCAUCCUCUCUGGAACCACCUCUCAGGUAGUUGAAAGCAGCUAUCAAAUCCCCCCCUCAUUCUUCUCUUCUGCAGGCUAAACAAUCCCAGCUCCCUCAGCCUCUCCUCAUAACUCAUGUGUUCCAGACCCCUAAUCAUUUUUGUUGCCCUUCGCUGGACUCUCUCCAAUUUUUCCACAUCCUCCUUGUAGUGUGGGGCCCAAAACUGGACACAGUACUCCAGAUGAGGCCUCACCAAUGUCGAAUAGAGGGGAACGAUCACGUCCCUCGAUCUGCUCGCUAUGCCCCUACUUAUACAUCCCAAAAUGCCAUUGGCCUUCUUGGCAACAAGGGCACACUGCUGACUCAUAUCCAGCUUCUCGUCCACUGUCACCCCUAGGUCCUUUUCCGCAGAACUGCUGCCUAACCAUUCGGUCCCUAGUAUGUAGCUGUGCAUUGGGUUCUUCCGUCCUAAGUGCAGGACGCUGCACUUAUCCUUAUUGAACCUCAUCAGAUUUCUCGUGAAAGAUCCUUCUUCAUUACAACAGGAUACAUUGUGGUGACAGGUGCUUUAACUUACAUCUCUACCCAUUGAGGCUUCUCGAGCUCCCCAUCCUGUUCCUGUGGGGCUCAAGAACAAACAGCAUGUUGUUUGGUUAUGGACUGCCGUCUUUAUCAUAUUGAUGGAAGAUGCAAAUGCUUGACCUCUAUGGAUGCUGCUGUCAUGAUUAGAGUGUCUACAUUACUUACCCAACAUCUAAUUCAUUGUGCCAUCAGAAGUCAUACACCAGAAAAAAGGGCAUGGGCAGGUGUCAAGGCUGAUUCCCACUCUGGCACUUUGAGUGCAGAAGGUGGGGGCCUGCAAGGAUUCAAAACGUUAAUACUUGCCACUCCUUGCUUGUAUUAAACUCUCAAGGUUACAGCUUCUCUCUGACCUUGGACGGGUAGAUGCUGCCACCACUCAAAUGCAAAGCCCUUGGAACUCAGGAAGGAACACUUGGGAAGUCCUUUCUGUGGGGUACCCUUAAGCCCUUUCACUCCCUCCUCCAGGGAGGAGCUGAGAAAGAAAACACAGGAAAUUAGCUGUUGCCCCCAGCUAAUUAAACAACAUAUGCACAAACCUCGUAGGACACCAAAAAUCCAAUCCUGUUCUUUAAAAAGGUAAAUUUUAUUAAAAACAAAAAGAAAGAACAAAGAUCUGGAAUUUAGGCUUUUGCUAGAUUUUAAAAGAGCAAUUCCAAAAAAUAAGCACCCAAAAUAGCUUUCUUGGGGGUUCAGCUUAAAGGUUACAAGCAAACAAAAGUAUCUGGGGUCAGCACAGAGGAGUCCACUAGCCAUAAGAAAUAAACGGAAAUAAACCUAAUUGUGUCUUUCUAAACAUUCCUGAUCUACUUACACAUUUGGGGGUUCCAAAUCAGUCGUUCUAGGUAUGAUUUGAUGAUCUAUGAUCAUACCUGGCUUAAUGUUUCUCAUAGGAUCACUGCUCCCUGUCCCCUCUUUCCUGGAGAACAACAACAGAGACAAAGGGGAAGUUUUUUCCCCCAUUUAAAAAAAUCUGGCUUCAAGAUUAAACUCGAUAAUUUUAUGGAGGAGAUGGUAUGAUGGGAUAACAUGAUUUUGACAAUUAAUUGAUCUUUAAUUAUUCAUGGUAAAUAGGCCCAAUGGCCUGUGAUGGGAUAGGAUCUGAGUUACUACAGAGAAUUCUUUCCUGGGUAUCUGGCUGGUGAAUCUUGCCCACAUGCUCCAUAUUUGGGGUCGGGAAGGAAUUUUUCCUUCAGGGCAAAUUGGAAGAGGCCUGGGGGGUUUCGCCUUCCCCUGCAGCAUGGUGCACAGAUCACUUGCUGGAGUAUUCUCUGCACCUUGAAGUCUUUAAACCAUGAUUUGAGAACUUCAAUAGCUCAGACAUAGGUGAGGGGUUUAUUGCAGGAGUGCGUGCCUGGGUGGGAUUCUGUGGCCUGCAUUGUGCAGGAGGUCAGACUAGAUGAUCAUAAUGGUCCCUUCUGAUCUUAAUAUCUAUGAGUUUAAGUUAUAGCCUUCCCAUUGGCUCUUUUGGUCAUAUGCCCACUCCCUUUCCUUUUCCUGGGGGACUUUGUUAACCCUUUGCAGGUAAAGCAAGCAGAGAACAGCCACCAAGAGGGACUUUAUAGCUAACUGGCUGGGCGGGUGUCCAUAAAAUGGAGCUACUCCCCACCCCCUUCAUUUAUCACAGCAGGGAUGAGAGAUGUCAGUUACUUCCUGUUAUGCCUUUUUUUUUUUUAUAAUUCGAAUUUGUAUCCCUGGACGCUUAUGUGGCACUUUAGUGCCACCCAGGGCUUGUCUACACUAGACUUUAUCACUUACCAAAACACUCAUCCACAUCCCUGAGAGAUGUAAAAUAUACCAACCUAAGCUCUGGUGUAGACUGAGCUAUGUUGGUGGGAGAGCUUUCGCCUCUCCCUUUGUCUCAGAUGUUAUGCUGACAGGUGAGCUCUCUCUCCCCCAUCGGCUUUGAGCAUCUUGAAUGCUAGCUUGGUGUCUUGAACACUAUUGGGAGAUGUAGCACUUCUAGUGUAGAUUAGUCCUAACACUGAGAUGUACCUGGAGCUCAGCCUUGACACCAAGUGGCCAGGAAUGCAGGAAACUCUGUGGGCAACUUUGCUUCACUUUGCAGGCUGGGACUCAGGUUUGGCACUUGUUGUAGGUGUUUUCUAUAAACAACUUGUGGAGUUGCAGUCCCAGUCCAGAGUGUGACAGGGUAUGAAAUAGCCAGGGGUCAUGGGGCAGGAACAGAGAUGGGAUCCUGCGUGGGAACAGGCAGCCCAGACAGCACUGUUUGAGGAGAAAGAGAGGGACUCCUAAAUAGAGAGGGAGAGAAAUCAGUCCCAGCAACAUCCACAGAUCAAACUGAGCAGCAGUACUGGGCCAGUGUCUCCCCAUUCCUCAAGUGGGGAAAUCUGUGGCCAUGCCUCUCUGUCGGGGGGCGAUGAUGAGAUGGGACUUUGUGUCACUGCUGUGUCAUCAUUCCUGGAGGGAAUAAAAUAAUAAUAGAAUUAUGAGUCUGAAAUGGCUGCCUCCCAUGUGUGUAAGCGAAGACCUACAAUCUUCCCUGCACUGCUGACUUUGCCAUGUUCCAGUCACUCUUGGGAGAUGAUAUUGGGGAGAAGCAGCCAUCUUGCCUUUCUUUCUGGAGCUGGUUAUGCCAGCUGCAGUUCAGCUCAAUUGUAAUCUGCUUUAAGAUUGAUAAAUCUGCAUUGUAACAAAGGAACAGCUUAAGGUUCCUGUCCAGACAAAUCUUGUGUGUCCUAAAAACUCAGCAGGGGAUGAUUCUUUCACAAGAGAAUGAACUAUAAGAAAGGGGAAGAGGUGCCCCCAAAUAGUCUUCUCUUUCUCUCUGCUCAUGGCAUCAAUGACACCUGAAAGACAAAGAAAGUAACACCUCACUUGGGGAGGGUCCCUAACUGAAGGGAUUCCUGCCAAUAAAACUAAUACAGCGUGUGGUGAGAGACUUCUGCUUGAAUCCAUUUAGCUAGAUAUGUUAGUUAUUAGUUGUGUUUUACCUUUUAUUUUCUUAUAGCUACGGCUACGGUUUUGUCACAGAGGUUGUGGAAGUCACGGGAUCCGUGACUUCCAAAGAUCUCCGUGACUUCAACCCUGGCAUUUGAAGGGUCCCACUGCCUGCCAUAGUGGCAGGGAGCUGUGAGGUACCCCCUCCGCCUGAGUCAGUAGCCCCCCAAGCUCUCCGCUGCCAUGGGCAACAGGGGUACCCCACCGUUCCCAGCCACAGGUGAGCUCUUUCCCAUUGGCUUGAGCAUCUUGAAUUCUAGCUUGGGGUCUUGAGCACUAGUGGGAGCUAUAGCACUUCUAAUGUAGAUUACCCCUAACACUGAGAUGUACCUGGAUCUCAGCCUUGACACAAAGUGGCAAGGAGUGCAGGAAAAAUCUCUGGGCAACUUUGCUCCCCUUUGCAGGCUGAGACUCAGCUUGCUGUCUGUGUUUUCUGUGAACAACUUGUGGAGUUGCAAUCCCAGCCCAGAGUGUGACGUGGGUAUGAAACAUCCAGCGGUCAUGGGACAGGGACAGAGGUGGGAUCCUGCGUGGGAACAGGCAGCUCAGAGAGCAUUGUUUGAGGAGAGAGAGACCAGCCCCAGCAACAUUCACAGGUCAAACUGAGCCACAGUAGCGGGCCAGUGUCUCCCCGUUCCUCAGGUGGGGAAGUCCGUGGCCAUGCCUCUCUGUCGGAGGGCAAUGAGGAGAUGGGACUUUGUGUCACGGUUGUGUCAGCAUUCCUGGAGGGAAUAAAAUAAUACAAGAGAAAUAGCCGUCGGAAAGAUUCUGUGUGUGCGUGUACGUGUGGCCCUGCAGUGCCGACUGUGCCAUGUUCCAGUCCCUCUCGGGAGAUGAUGUGGGGGGAGAAGCAGCCAUCUUGCCUUUCUUGCUGGAGCUGGUUAUGCCAGCUGCAGUUCAGCUCAGUUGUAAUCUGCUUUAAAUCAUUAUCUGUAUUCAAAAAAUGGGGGUGUUAGAGCACUGAAUUAGUUAAAAUCUCCCAGAAUACUUUGUGCUCAUGCUAAGCUUUAUUGUACAAAUGUACUAGUAGUUAAAUUGCUCUAACCUUUGUUCAUAAUAUAUGCAGAAUCUGUCAGAUGCAAGAUGUAUUCUCUCAAGGUUUGCCAAAUAUGAACUGUGUGCUAGGUACAGUUAGUGUACAUGUAUCUGGUUUUUAUGCUACUUGUCUGCUAUGGUCUGCCGCCAGCUAAACAGUCGUGUGCAUAAUUAGAUGAUAAAAGGUGUGUAAGGUCUGCAGAAUCUGGACUUUUCUGUCUCCUGUAUACAUCAGGGUUACAUUCUUGAAAAGGGCGAUGGAUACUGAAAUUCAGUUGGAGAUGAUUCAUGCAGAAGAGAAUUAACUAUAAGGAAGAGGUGCCCCCAAGUUUCCUCCCUCUCUCUGCUCAUGGCAUCAACACCACCUGAAAGACCAGGAAAGUAACACUGCACUUGGGGAGGGUCCCUAGCUGACAGGAUUCCAGCCAAUAAAACUAAUACAGCAUGCA